GUCGUGACCGUUCCGUGGUUCCAAUUGAUGCCACAUGUAUACCCACAGGAUUCAUAGAAUCAGAAUUGAUGAGCCCAACAUAGCCCAACGAUGUCGCAGCUCGCGACUCGCGGCCCUGGACAUGUGAAGGAACACCUCAAGGCGCCAUGCCCGCAUGGAGUCCUUGUCCUGGGAGUCUUUGUCUCGCUCUAGGUCUGGAUUGACGAGUCAUGACGAGUCUAUGCCUCUCGGAGUUGCAAAAAACUCACGUUGAUGGUGGAAAACUCAGCCAAAAGAUGAACAGACAUUUCCAUACUAAUCAUACCCUUGCUGCAAUGGCUAGGUGAUGUAUGGUGAUGUCACUCUCAGGUUUGCAAACUCGCACACCAGAAGCAGCUCUUGAGGAUGAACGGGUUCUGAAUGUCAAAUGGAAGUAUUUUCCGAAGAACCAGGACUUCGGGAUUCGGCCACGAUAAACCGUCAAUUCUUUGGGUACCAUAUUUUGACACAGAGACAUCUGUCAAAUGAUCAGCUUGGAUGGCUUGGAGGGCUGGAUACUGUUGCAGGCAUUCACUUCUUCACAAACAUCCCCAGCAAGAUUCUUGGGCUUGGUGGCACUGAUCAACAUGGCUCCCCUUGCACUACCCUACACGUCUUGCGGGAUGAACUUGUUCACCAGAUGAGCUCUCACCAUCCUAAAAUGCUUGGAGUGCUAGAAUCAGAGGUUGAACAGUACUGCAUGAGCGGCGCGGC